AAGAAAACAACAUGUGAUUUUUUCUCAUAUCAUCUUAUUAGUUUGAUCAAUGAAAGUUUAUUAGCAUCAUUCCUAAUUAAGUUUUUUUAUUUUCAAGUGUUUGUAACUCUGCCUGAAUGUGUGCGCUGCAGGUGGCUGAGACACAAACCCCCUCACAGCGGAUGUCACUCUCCUGUUCUCGGGGCCCUGAUUGACAACCUGGAGAUCUCCAUGAUCCCGGCCCUGGUGCUGCUGCCUCUGCUGCUCCGGGCCGCAGCGCUGCACCACCUGCUGGGCAUCAUCAUCCUGACAGCUCUGCCCAGCCUGGUCCUCUGGUACUACUACGCCAUGCACCGCAAGAGGAGACGCACCCUCUUCUUCCUCACUCUGGCGCUGUUCUCUCUGGCCUACAUGUAUUACCUCUUCAUCACAGAGAUUCUACCGCGUGGGGACGUCAGCCAUCUGCAGCUGUGCACUGUGACUGCUGGGAUGAUCCUCACCAUCGGAUCUCUCAUUCACACCAAGAGAGGCCCAGGGUUUCACACCACCUCCUAUCACAGCCAGAGUGAGGAGGUUAACAAGGACUCUACACAUCUUAAUGGAUCCAUCCAAUCAGCGGCCUCCUCCUCCUCUCCUCCUGCCCUGACAGAAAAGUGGAGCAGAUGCUCUGUGUGCAAAACAAUGCCACCCCCGCGGGCCGGACACUGUCGAACCUGUGGAUCCUGCAUCAAGCGUCUGGACCACCACUGUGUCUGGUGGGUUGGAUUUGAUAUUAUAACAUCUUUAUACUUCUUUGAAUUGUACAUUCACACCACAUCAUGAAAGUGAAUAUUGAAUUAUGACAGAGUAGA